UAAAAAUAAGGCGACAAUAAAUGACAGUUUACCCUAGGUAGUUGGCUAAGUACCUAUGGCGUCAGCAACAUCUAAAGCCCCCGUAGGUCCAGUACCUCUUUUCGCACAGGAGACUCCGUACACAAGUAUGUACCUAUAUAUGCUGCAAAAUUGAAUAUGCGGCAUGGAGAAACCUAUCGCAGCGCAUUGAUGGAUUUUGUACUGAGCCACCUCCGUCUCAAGGUGCAUAGAACUGACCGGUUCCCCUCCACUUGAUUGGCCAACUUUUUCAAGAGAAGGAUCAGAUAGAGGGGGAAAAAGAGGAAGGAAGAGAGUGAGAGGAAUGUUUCUUUCCCUUACACCAAAUUUCGUAAAACCUGGCAUUGAAGAUGUGCAUCACGAGCGGCAAGAUUGCUUCCGCCUCAGGAUCCUCCCUUGGUGAUGCAUCGCCUAGGCUGACUUUUAGGGAUCCUAGAAGCCAUGUCCAAAAUGCAUACUGUGUUAACCUUCUCACACCACUCGAGACCCCGGAGCAUCUUUCUGCUUACCUAAGGGGGCAAUUUGACGGUUGGAGACCUCGCCAGAUACCUCCUUCAACGCUUGAUACGGAUUUGCAUGGCUGUCGAAAUAAGAACUACUUCAUGCGCGGAUGCGUUCCUCAACUGAGGGAUAGUAUCCAAUGUUUUUUGGACGAGCCGAAGUGUUAUGGGCAAGCUAUGUUUGCGAAAGUGUUUAAGCAUUGGUACUUCUCCGGGUUACAGUAUUGCGAUAACCUGACGUGCCAAGCAAGGAAGAAGUCCCUUGAGCGUUCUGCACCCAACUGCGGUUGGCCUGCCUUUCGAGAUGCUCUGCUGACUUCUGUCGCGUGCUGGCAACCUUGGAGCGAGGUAACGCUCACGGCUCCAACAGUAGACGAGAACAUACAACUACCAAUAGUGUUCUGCCUUGACGUGCGCGGCAUGCUGGAUGUAUGGCUUUGGGCAGCCCGAUUGAUCUCCGGACCCAUCUUCAAAUUGGUUCAAGAGAUGAACAUGAAGGGGUUUCAUGAUGAUAAUCUUCAUCAAUUAUGGCAAGGCUUCACAUCUGAGCAUAACUUGCGCGCAACAGAGAGCUCGCGCAAGUUCUACGAACAUGGCUUCUGUGUCAAUCGUCUUUGGAACGUGUCACUCCAGAGCAAGAAUGGUAUAGCGGACAUCCCCUACGUCGUGGGAAAGGCACUUGAAGCCCCAGUCCCUAAGUCCAAAAGCAGACACAUCAAUUGCACUGAGGAGAUUUGCCUCAUUGCCAACGAGAAUAGCACGCUCGUCAAUCAAGCACAUAAAUGCCCAUCUGGCCUUUGUGCCAAUGAAACCACCUUCCCGCCUCCCACGUUGAAUGAAGCUUUCUAUCACAUCAUCAACCACCCAUCUUCCAAGGGCUCCCCAUUCGAGAUUACUGCGUGGCGCAUUCCUGAGCCAGGCCGAAGCCCGUCUUCCUUAUGUAGCCCUAACGACAGUUAUGUGGCAAUCUCACACGUAUGGUCUGAUGGCACUGGGGUUGGGAUGAGAAGUCCCGGGGUUGUUAACACGUGCCUAUUCGAAUACUUUGCGAAUCUUGCCCGACAAGUUUCUUGCGAUGGUAUCUGGUGGGAUGUUAUUUCGAUACCGACCGAGCGUCGUGCGAGAGCCAUUGCUAUGGAUAGUAUGCUAGAGAAUUAUGAGAAAGCUAAGGUGACGAUAGUCCACGACCAAGACUUGGUGGAGUUCGAGUGGAAAGACGAUGGAAGCCCAGCCGUCGCGAUGAUUCUAUCCUCAUGGUUUACUAGGGGUUGGACAGCGGCCGAAUUAUGGGCAUCGAGAGGGCAUCCCGUCAAAGUCCUAUUCAAGGAUCCUAACGAUCCAACAGGGCUAAAGCCACUGAUCAAGGACCUUGACAUGGACGUUCUAGCUGGGGACUUGUCUCGCUGGGUGGAACCCGAGGCCGAGGGGUACCAAUGCCCAUUCAAUAAUCGUGCACUAGAUCCGACGGAGAUACUUCCUGGAAUGGCCCAUAUGAUCGCAACAGACAUCUUGGGGUUAUUUCGUUGGACAGAAGAUCGGAGAAUCCCUGACCUGCAAGCUAUUUUGCGAAUGCUCCAGACCAGGACUACGUCGUGGGCCCGAGAUCGUACUCUGAUUGCUGCCUUGAUGUGUCUACCACCAACUGCGGUCGAUUCAACUACCACCGGUCCUCAAAUGACGCAAAAGAUUCUUGCCCAUUUUGGAAGCUUAAGGACUACAGAGAUUGUUAACCAUCGGGUUCCCAUGUCAAGUGACGGUCCUUGGGAUUGGGCCCCACAAUCCAUAUUCGAUCUCGGUCAGUGGUCACUGUCUAGCGAUCCCAUGGGCGACUGGUCAUACAUCUACGAAGAUGGCAGCAUCAAGUGCGAAUUCCUGGCUUACGAAGUGUUAUAUGAGGAUGUUAUUACUGAGUAUCGCCAUCAUCCUGCUCUCGCCGCUCGGAUCUCCGUGGCUUUAUCCAAGAGGCAGAACUGCCUACUUUUAACAACGCCUAGAAUUCAGCAAGAAGGUACAUACAUCCUAUUCCAACCGGUGUCAGUCGCUGCUUGGACUGUAAGGGGCAAGUGGAUCGGAUGUGUUUCUCUAAGGAGUCCGCUUGGAACAUCGAGACGUCACUUACAAGUUUGGAAUACCGACUCAAAAGGUGUGAAGGUACUUGGUCUAAGCCCACCUAUUUAUGUAUUUGGCAAGAACAGAACUACUGCUGGAAAACCUUUGCCUGCUAUGAGUUUCGACUCCACCUUCGUAGCCCUGGAAGCUUUGAAUCGUAACAAACUCGGACCUGGGAGAUCUUGGUGUCUUUCAACUAACAACCAUGAGGAACAGCAUGAGUGGUUACCGCACUCAGUAUAUAUGUACAAACUGGACCAUAACACAGUUCCUAACAUUGGACGUGAGGGACCGACUCAUCCCUGCGGUACAAUGCUCUUUGGUACAAGACCUGAAAAUUGGGUUCAGACAUCUUUUCUCUCGGUACUUAUCGACACCCUUAAUAUCGAAGGUGUUGCCGACUGUCUUAACCAUGAUGGUUGCCGUGGUACUGCAAUGAUUUCUUGGUCUUUUCUGUGCCCAGAAAAUGAGUAUUAUGGAUGCUGGAAUGUUAUACCUAACGUGUAUACAUCCGUGUUCCACAUCACCGACAAUAUCGAUACAGCUAAGUCUGGCAUCAAUAUAACUCUAGGGUCAAAUACAUUCGAUCACGAAAUUAAAGAGCAUCUAUUCCAGAAUCAGAAGUAUGGCAAAAAUAAAACGUACCUAAAUACUUGUAGGGAGUGUGGAAAGUGUGAUUGGUGCAAAAGACAGUGACCUGGUAACAGGUAGGCCUGUGCGGACGCCCCUAUUUCCCCCUCAAAACUCGCCAACUCGCAUGGAGAUGAAGAAAUUAAUAAUAUAACAUACAGACUAUUCAAAUGCAUUUCUUAAAGCUAAUGACUAUAUCCAUUUCAUUUAAAUUAAAAUG